AUGUCAUACCUACAGCAGCAACUCAAGAGCUUUAAUGCCAGCGUCAUGGAGUCGGCUAACCGCUUGCCUCAACAGAGACGAGUAGCAGCUAACAACCCUCCCGCGUCCGGCAGCAGCUCGCAGGUUCCAUCAUCCGCGCCCACUCCAUCAUCAUCUGGUGAUGUGAAGAAGAAGCGCCAUGAAGCGGACAUCGUCUAUUCUCAGCCGGCUAAUACCGGUACGGGCAAAGAUAUCAUGACGCAGGUGCUUUUCGCAAUCGAGCACAUGAAGACCAAGGGCGUACCUCUCAAGUUUGCGGAUAUCAUCUCCUACUUGUCACUUCAACACCGUGCCAACGAUGCUGGCUACGUUCAAGCGCUUCGGAGUAUCUUGCAGAUGCACGAGAAAGUCGACUAUGAUCCGAGUGGCGCCAACGGCGAAGGCACGUUCAGCUUCCGGCCACCUCAUAACGUCCGCAACCCGGAGCAGCUCCUGCAAAAGCUGCAGUCACAGAAUACUGCGGCAGGCAUGAGUGUACGUGAGCUUCGCGAAGGAUGGCCGAACGUUGAGGAUGCCAUCAAUCAGAUGGAGAGGGAAGGAAAGCUUCUUGUGACUCGUAACAAGAAAGAUGACCAUGCGAAGAUGGUUUGGGCCAACGACCCAUCGCUGAUUGAGCGCUUUGAUGAUGAGUUCAAACAAAUAUGGGAUAAAAUCAAGAUCCCGGACCCUAACGCUGUGAAGGAAGCGUUGGAGAAAGCAGGCAUUGUCCCAACGAACAAGAACAAGGUCAUUAAGCCUCGAGUCAAGGUGGAGGCAAAGAAGACGAAGAAACCGCGCCGCAGCGGCAAGACCACCAAUACUCACAUGAUGGGUAUUCUAAGAGAUUACUCCCACCUCAAGCGGUGA